CUGGGUUAAGGGAGGGGGGAAUCACAAGACGAACAGAGACGCGCAGAGCAAAUAGGCCGCAUUGCCAGUGUGUAUGUUUUUAGUGCAAUCAUCGUGCAAUAAUGUGCAACAGACAGCGGCAUCACUGCGCUCACGUUUCUCCAGAUUAGCACCCCGUUUCCUAUCGGGAAGGACUCUUGUUUACGCAGCGAGGUUGACCCGUGCACCCCCUCCUCUCUCCCCUGUCUCUCCACAAAUUUUCCCUCUUUGUAAGGGGAGGUGAAGGGAAGAAAAGUAGCAGUGAGUGAGUGAGGUCAGCAACAUAGCAUGAGUCAACCUCGGGGAUAUAUGCAGUCAUCAUCGCAGGAGUGCAUUGUGCGGGCCUGCUGCCGCUGCUGGCCGCACAGAGCUGCGAGUGUGCGAUCCUGCGGGCUGAGCUGCCGUUAGUAGCAGCUUUCAUGACAAACACAGGUGUUGUCCAUGAAUGAGAAAAACACACAAACGUCUUCAUAUCUGUUCGCUCCUGGCUGACAACCUUUGAUUAGGUCACAAAGAACUUCAGAGGGGAUAGACGAUAACCUUGUUCAACCUGGCUCCUGCUUAUUCUGACGUCAGUGUGAUUUUUACUGGUUUAUUUUAUUGUACAUUCCCUAUAAAAGGGUAUACGUGUAUAUUCCCAUCUUUGAUUGCUGGAUUGAUACAUUCAAGUGGAGUAUUAUCACUUUAGCUGACUGAAAAUUUUUACCUGCCUCGGAAUAUUCAUGCCCGUCAUGAGCGUACCGGCGCAGCAGAAACCUAAUGCCAAAAGAACAGGCAAACGAAUCACAUUUUUCAACGAUCAAAGUGUAGCAAUGAAGGAGACUUCUCAGCACCCAGAUGGGUCCUACUAUGUGGCGAGUGGUAAUGUUUCAGAGCCUGGACAGAGUGAGGCUGCAAGUACUGUGACAUCCAAUCCAGAGGGCCCUCAUAUGUACCUCAGCUCUGUCAUCUUCAGCCCAGAUAAGGGCGACCACAGCAGGGGUCAUUAUCAGCAGACUGUACCCAUGAAGUGGGCUCACCAGGAGCCCAAUCAGCAGCAGUCGAGAGCUGCACCUUGGACCACCAUGCCUCACUGGGGGCAGAACUUUCCAAGUUAUAUUGGAGGAGUAACUGACUCAAGGACCCAGAAUGUAUUUGUGAAGUCAAUGCAAGAGACCGCUGGCUUGCAGCCACAUCAACAACCCCCUAACAGAGCUGCAGACAAACCUGCAGUGGAAGUGUUCAGGGAUGUAGGCAAGUCUCGGGGGAUGGAGUGGGAGCAACAGCAGCAGCAGCCGCAAGUUUUUCAGGACACCUUAAAAUCCGGGGUGAUCAACACCCAGCAGCAGAGCACAUCCCACCCAGGAGGAAGCUCAGUCCUGCAGUCCUUCCAGUUGGCCUUUGGUCAGCCCAAGCAGCACCUGCCUGCCUACUACCAGACGUUCCAAGGUAACAAGACAACUCUACCUAACCCUCCAAACUACUCGGCACAGAAUGCAAAAUCCCAACAUCAUUUACAACAGCUGCAGAAGCAAGAACAAAUACAACGGCAACAUCUAAUCCAGCAACAAAUGCAGCAGCAACAAAUCCUUCAGCACCAACAACAUGUGCAGCAACAGCUACAGCAGCAGCAACAAAUACAGCAUGAGCAGCAGCAACAAAAGAUGCAGCAGCAACAGCUCCAAAUUCAGCAAAUGCAGCAUCAGCAGUUGCAACAACAAAACCCCCAUGUGCUUGACUAUUACCCUGGUGUGCAAAAUGCAAACCCUCACGCUCACCCCCAGCCCGUUGUGGUACACUCCUACGAGUCCUCUGGUCCAGCACCGCCAAAGAUCCAGGAACCAAUCAUCCAGGACAUCACACCAGAACCACAGCAGCCAUCAGACCCGCUGCAGCCCCCUCUGCAGUCUGAGCACCUGACUCAGUCGCAGCCUCAGAUGCAGCCUCAAUCCCAAACGCAGCUUCGCAGAUCUCGACGGCUCUCCAAGGAGGGCGGCGCGCCUUCGGACAAUCCCUUCCUGCCUGUCCCCUUGGAGCAGUCAGCACCAGUGCUUCAGGGACCGCAGAACGGGUCACGAGACAUCCAGGCAGCCCCGACAGGUGUCAUCCAAAGCACACGCAGGAAACGCAGGGUUUCCCAGGAGGUCAACCUGGAGAUGCUUGCUCAGAAGGCCUCAGAAAGGGAGUCUCCACCAUCACAUCUUAAGGAGCCACACAGGCCAUGGAGUCCCACAGAACAAGAGAUUAUGAACCCUAAGCGACCUCGAGACGACAACCUUGUUCCACUUGUUAUCCCCGUGUCUGUUCCAGUCCGGAGGCAGGAACCCUCGUCUCCCGAGAGUGACGAAGCAAGUCUGGCAACCAACUGGCCUCACAGGUCUUCAAACUCCCAGGAUCUCGGGCGCGCAGACCACAAGCCCUCGGUCAUCGUCACCCGAAGACGCUCACUGAGGAACUCCUUGUCAGACAGUGCAGAGCAGAACGAUGGCGCAGAGGGUGAAAAAGACGACGAUGGCAAAAAGUCCAAACGCCGUCCACGCCCUGAGCCUCUCUUCAUCCCGCCACCUAAACCUUUAUUCAUCGCCCCGCCCGUCUACUCCAGCAUUACACCCUACCAAAGCCACCUACGUUCCCCCGUACGCCUCGCCGACAAUGCUAUCACCAUGCCCCCCUAUACACCACCGCCGAUCCUCAGCCCUGUUCGUGAAGGCACCGGCCUGUACUUCUCCACUUUCCUGUCAUCUGCUUUGGCCAGUGGCCCAGGCCUGCCCCCUCCCGCUACACCCAAGUCAGCCACACGCAGCCUAUUGCGAUCUAACAGCUGCGACAUCACACCACCAGUUUUGUCUGCUAUGAGCGAGGCCACUCCGGUCAGCAAUGAGCCACGCAUAAAUAUUGGCUCACGGUACCAGGCGGAAGUACCAGAGCUGAGGCAGCGAUCUGCUGUCGAGCAGGAUCAUCAUCGUGCAGAACUGGUCUGGGUUCCCCUGUGCGAUCUGGAAGGAAAACCUGACCUUGAGGAGAAAGUGGAAGACCUCAUGCACUUGGCCUGCUCCAGCGUUUUAUGUGGAGGAGGCACCAACCAGGAGUUAGCCCACCAUUGUCUGUACGAGUGCAAAGGGGAUAUAAUGGCUGCUCUGUCCAUGCUGAUGCUGAGGAAUCCAAUUUUCCCAAAGUCUCAUCAUUUGUCCAACUACCAUUACUCAGGAUCAGACAGUUGGACAGCAGCUGAGAGACGCCAGUUUAACAAAGGCAUCGCUGCAUACAAGAAAGACUUCUUCACGGUGCAGAAACAGGUAUCCACAAAGACGGUGGCCCAGUGUGUGGAGUUUUACUACACCUAUAAGAAGCGUGUGAAGACUGGCCGCAAUGGUACGCUAACCUACGGUGAGACAGAGCCUUUGGAAAGCAAGACCACAGAAGAGGAGAUGGACCGCAAGCAGGGCUCUCACAGACUGGAGCCACAGCGGGAGGAGGACAGCAGGAAAUGGGAAGGGUCAGCUGACAGGAAACCGGAUGUCUGCCCUACCAGGACGUCUCAUGCGCUGCCGUCCACAGAGAAUCCUGGGACCGUUCUGAUUAUGAAAGGCCAGGACGACACUGGGAGGGAGCAGUCGCUGUCCCGGGUUAUUCACCCCCCUCACCCGCCACCUCCCAGCUCCAAACAGCGCUACGAAAGCAACGCCCGCAAGACGACUCCUUCGACAGGCAACAAAGGCCCAGCUGGUCAGGAAGGGGAAUUUCCCUGCAAGAAAUGUGGCAGGAUUUUCUACAAAGUGAAGAGCCGCAGCGCUCACAUGAAGAGCCACGCCGAGCAAGAGAAGAAGGCUGCGGCUCUGCGGCAGAAGGAGGCUGAGGAGCGGGCGGCGGCUAAAGCAGCCGAGGCCGCUGCCAUCCUGGCUGCGCGGCAGCAGAACGGGACGCGACAGGUGGGCGGCGACAGCACCAAUGAUGACUCUUCAGACGCAGAGGACGAGGACGACGAUGACUGGCAGUAAAUGGGAAGACCGUACACACCGAAUGCAACGGUAGCGAGGUUUGAUUACUGGACAGGAGAAGGACAGUUGAAAAGAAAUAAAGAAACCCUCCCCCUGUGAAGUUUCUGUAAAUUUUUGUGGAACAAGAAGACUUCUGUUACUUGGCACAUUCAGGGACAGAUGAGCUCCCGUGUCCUCAUUUAACUGUGAACGCGUGGACUGAGUGAGAGUGUUUUAUUCGUGUCGGAACAACGUGCUUUCCAAAACUCACCAACUCCCCUUUACUCUGCUUGAAAAGCUUUUCAAGUGUUACCUCUCUUGGUCACAGGGCUCAGUCAAAUCAAAGCCAUGCCGCUUCUUUCGGCGCUGUCCUUUUUCUCCACUCCCAGCCGCGGCCUUCCUCGCCAGUUUGAAACUCGCCCUGCAUCAUUUUGACAGGUGUGGAACUCGUCAGACCCCCUUUUGUUUAGUUUUUUUCUACUUCGCUUCUUACGAUGAGCCACAGCACCCGCUUAAAAGCUGCAUCUCGACCGUCCAGCAUCGGGUGAAGUUUUGAAGACAUUAAAAUCGGACAGCUGGGGGAGCGUUGAAGCGAACGGAGGCUCGUGCUGUUAGGUUCUCCGCUCCGGGACGGACAGAUGGAUGGAUGGCAUGUGCAAACUGUUGCCUCUGUGUCGCCGCUCUCCUGGACACAAAGCUGCCAAAAGCUUUGUCAGACGCAUGUGCGCCAAAUGGGUUCUCUGUGUUCAUUGGGCUUUUGUUCUGUGAAACCCCCUCCACCUACUCCACCUUCAGCCCCGUCACCUUUUAUAGCUCCCAGUUAGUUCCUCACUGUCGAUGCCUUGGAUGUUAUGCUUUUUAUCUCAAAAUGACAAUCAAUUUUACACUGUUGUUUUUUUUUUAUUGAUAUGUAUACAGGUGACGUUAUUUUUUUUCUUUUUUGCCUGUGUAGCUGUAUACGGUUAUUGUUGUUUUUUUGUGAAUAUUCCUGUUUAUUAUUAUUAUUAUUAUUAUUAUUAUUAUUAUAAUAUUCUGGUAUUGGCUGCAGUUUAAUUAAGCGCUUUUUCCCAUCUUUGUCCAGAGCUUUUUUUUUUUUUUUUUUCUUCUGUUUUUUAUUUUUAUUUUUUUAAUUUAAACAAAAAAACUCAAUAAUGCUACUUGCUGCCUGUUUAUAACUGUGAGAUUUCUUUUGGAAACAUGAAAUGAAGAAAAGGCAGAGAUGUAUGUGCAAUAGAACAAGUUGACCCCCUGUUACCUGAGUGUUCAAGCCCACCCGGCCCCCUCCCACCUUCUCCUUCACGCUUACAACCAGCUGCUCCGGAUGCCUCACUGGCACCGCUGUAACUGAUGGGAAGCAUUGACUCAGACUGUUGAAACUGCAGGUCUCUACAGAUGCACACAUUGAAGCAGAAACGGCAAUGACCAACUCGAGACAGUUCAAUUAAAUUAGUUUGGAUAAUAGUGGAAAUUUUUGCUUGUACAAUCUGGCUCAAGCAAACUAAAAUUGUCGUUAUCCUGUGUAAGUAAAUUCUUUACUUCCAUCAAGAAAUGGGUGAAGCAGCAGAAACUUUGCUCACUGCUAACUGAACCAAUAUUGUAGGCCUUUAGCACAUACUUUCUACCUCAGUAUGCUUUUUCCUCAUACUUCCAUCUAAUUGCCGACGGAAUACAAAAGGAAAUUUCUUCUUUGUGGCUGGUUCAGACUAAAAUGUCAUAUUUUGUAGGUUUUUAGAGGCAGUUCUUUGCUUCGUCUGUCUCACAGAUUCUUAAAUCUGGCUCUUUUAUUAUUAUUUUUUCUUACACAUGCCCUCUAGCUAAACCUGUCAGCCACAGCUCAUUAUUUACACUCCCCACAAACUGUUGAUGAUGGUAAAUAAUUUACUGGCAAAAGCUGAAACACAGGCAUUAAGAGAGAUGGAAGCUCGAACUUUACAGAGUUUUAUCGCUGUCAUACAAAUUCCCCUCGAGUGUUUGCUCCUAAGUUUACUAUAAACACUUCACACAGACUGUUUACUAUAAAACAUACAGAUAGGGACAAAGGGAGGGACCAUUCUCUACUUCAGUACCUGAUUUUUUUCUCUUUGCAGGCAAAUGUCGGUGCCGUUAUUCAACUCGUGUUCUUGCACUUGGUUGCUGAUAUUCGGUGUUUCUAAAUUGAAGCAUGAUGUGACAGAAGAGAAGAAUAGUGUCUCUCUUUAGUCAGCAUGGAAAAGUGUCUCAGUCUGCAUAUAGAUUGUUGUGGCACCAACACGCUCCAAUGAGAGCUUAGCUGUGGGGAGGGGGUCGUCGUCGUCAGCAGCAGCAGCAGCUAAAGGACAGCGUGACUCAGCUUACAAAUGCAUUUGAUAAUUAAAUGGAAACGUGUGCAAAAGAAAUAAAUAAAAUAAAAUGCACGUUAGUGAUAUAGCUGUGAUAAGGAAGCUAUUUAAAUGACUUGUAUAACAGUGUGGCUGAUCAAAGGCUGAUAUCGAAAUCGUUUUAACCCUACGCCGUGCAUCUGUGGUCGCCUAUUUUCUGUUUACGUUAUGCUGAUACGAGGCGCCGAAUCGGACCACGGAGACGGUGUGUUUUGAUCUGUCUAUCGCUGCAUAUCUGUGUUAAGCCCUUCAGCCCAGAGCCAGCUUCUGUUGCCAUGGCAACAAAUGGGUUAAAGGGUUAUUUUCCUUUAAAGGACAAACCACAGUGGGGGAGCUCGGGGGAGCGGGGAGAAAAGGCUCCAAUUACCGGUUAGUCCACAAGUUAAACCUGGGUCUAUGCACAGACUGUUCACGUACGAGUGUGUGUGUGUGUGUGUGUGUGUGUGUGUGUGUGUUUAUGUAUGUGUGUGGCAGGGGGGCACCGUGUUAAAAGAAUGUGUGUCUGUGUGUGUCUGACUGCUGAUAGGUAAGAUGUUUAACUGUACACCAGUUAGUGCGGAGAAAAGAAAUUGCAGACUGUUCACAUGUUUGAUAUGUUAAUUUAUAUUUCUUUUUAUUUGGGUUCAUGCUGGGGGAGGGAGGGGGGGGAUGUUGAACAGAAAAAAGGUGUUCCCGCUUCUUAAAAGCAGACUUGUGGGUGAAGUCGAGGCCACGAGCUUUCCUUGUUUCUUCUGGCCGGUUAAGGGAAUUUUGAGGGGACAAAAGGUUUAUUUAGCUAAAGAUUAGAAAUCUAUAUAAGAAUGGAAUUCUAUGUUUGCAUACUUUCUAUGCUAUUUUCAUAUGAGGUUCACACUAAUGAUGAAAACAGAAAGGAAUCUCAAGUGCUUUUUACUACAGUGUAACUUAUUUGUUUUGAUUUGAUUUUUACCACCUGUGUUUUUAGUAAUGAUUUAUGAAGCACUGUAUAUUAAAGUUUUAAAAUAUUC